AUGUCCGCCUUAUUCAACUUCCAGUCUCUUCUACAGGUCAUCUUGCUUUUGAUCUGUACGUGCACCUACAUCCACUCGUCGUGGUCAGCGCUCUUGGAUAACAACAAAACCGGCGUCAGAGGCGUGUUCUGGAAGUUUGCCAGAAUCGGAGAAAGAUUAAGUCCGUACGUUUCCAUCUGCUGUAUCUUGAUGGCGUUCAGUCAAUUAAGGAGUUGA